CUCCCCAGCCCGCGGAAGGGCCGCGGCUCCGCACAUCCGUGUCCGGGAGGCGCAGAUGGGCGGUGCCAGCUCGGCCCGUCGUWCCGGGGAUUACCCAUCGCGCUCCUGCGGCCCGCCGUCUGCCAUGACAACUAUCGGCGACCUCCCCGAGGACGUGCUGGUGGAGCUGCUGUCGCUGCUGCCCGCCCGGGACCUGCUCCGCACCUGCCGGCUGGUGUGCUCGCAGUGGCGGUACGUGGUGGACCUGACCACCCUGUGGAAGCGAAARUGCCAGCGCGAUGGGUUUUACCGGCAGAGCUUGGACAGAAGCAUCUCUGACUGGAAGAYCUUCUAUAUGCUCUGCCUCUUGAAGAGAAAUUUAAUCAAAAACCCACGUGCUGAAGAGAACUUCCAGCAYUGGACACUUGAUGCUAACGAAGGAGAUAAAUGGAAAAUUGAGGAUCUGCCUGGAACUCAUGGAACUGAGAUGCAAGACCCCACAGUACACAAAUACUUUGUCACUUCAUAUGGRCCAUGCUUCAAGUCUCAACUCAUUACCCUGAAGAACGAAGGCUAUUGGAAUGAGCUGAUGGAUGAGAAACGGCCUGAAAUUAUAGUCAAGGACUGGUAUGCUGCCAGGUUUGACUGCGGGUGCCGCUACGAGCUCACAGUGAGGCUGCUCUCAAAAGAUUACAUCGUCCUGGAGGAGUUCCAGCCUGAGCCAGUGGUCAUUGAGCAGUGGAGUGAUGCCAAGUGGAGAGAGAUGUCUCACACGUUCCAGAAUUACCCAGCUGGAGUUCGUUACAUCUGGUUUCAGCACGGAGGCCAGGACACCCAGUACUGGGCAGGAUGGUAUGGGAUCCGUGUGACAAACAGCAGCAUCACCAUUGGGCCCCAGACAUCAUUAUGAAGUACAGCAUAAGGCUUUGCUUUUACCUCAGGACUGUAACCAGGUGGUCUCAGGUGCACUUUUUGCCUGUACUCUCUGGUUGUGCCCUAGCUUGCCUUGCAGCUGUUGUUCACAGCAGAACUUCUGCAGGCCCAGCUCUUUGGAACGGCUUCAUCUUCCGUCCUCAUCCACCAUGGAUGCUACUCCAAUUACUGGUGCCCUUCCAGAGAAAAACUGGGAUAAUUAAAUAUAAGAUCUAUCUUUUCYAGUUAAUACAUUCUUGUGCUAUCAYACACAGUCUYAAGUUCCAUAAACAAGGAAGUGUCUUUAAGAAAGAUAAGGCUAAAAUGUUUAAUUUCAGGUUACCAAUGCUAUCUACAAGGACUCUGCUACACAUUGCUUUGUAUGGUAUUUUCUUCCCUGUUUCAGUUUURACAUUCCAUUGAGAUUUAUGUUCUGUAUCAGACCCUUCAUAGCAUCAGGAAACUGUUUGAUGUUCCUAAGUGCUGUGUCACUGAUACUGAAUUCCUCACCCUUUCUCUAAAUGUGUAUGACCAAAAUGGUAGCUGCCUUCCUAUCCACAACAGUCCCUUGGUGUUUGAAUAAACAGGUAGAGAAAGAGGAGAUAAGAAGUCUCUUCAGGCAGCUGCYUAACAACACAAGUGCCUUUUAAAURUGCUKGGCUUUUCCCACAUCACCUCUGUGCUUUCAAAGAACUUAGUUUAUACUGAGCAGUGUAACCCAAUAUAAAAUGUUAAAGCAGUGCCCAGCUUCCAUCUAUAGUUGUUCCUACACUUGUUACCUGGAGGAAGCAGGAGAUGCUGGACAGCCUGUUGUACCAAAUUCUCUGACCAACAAGCUGAGCUCACUGUGAACUGUGUCUGCCACCUUUAUAUACCUGGAACCAAUGCUCAGGCCAUGCUGCAUCUCCUCUGACAGGUGUAGGAUUWACAGUGCUUUCCUUGCCUGUUCUCUGUUAGGAGUAGGAUACUUGGCAGGUGUCCUUACUGGACAGACAAAUUCCCUCUUGCUAAUGCCACCUCUGGGUGAAAAGGGAGAGACUAAGGUUGUAUAGCAUUUCAUAGGAAUUGACAGAGUCCACAUGGGAAAAAA